GUACGGCCACUCACCGCGAUUCCCCCUUGAGAUAUCAAGAGAUUUUCGCCACUGACAGUCGGGAGCACCGGCUGACAUCACGCCUCUUUCUUUCGUUCAGGGGUAUCGCCUCCCUCAAAAGGCGGCAGUGUGUGUGUGAGUGUAUAUAUAUAAUCAAGCGAGAGAGAGAAAAAAAUAGAGGGAGAGAGAGAGAGAGAGAGAGGGAGAGGGAGAAAGGCAGGACGCGCUGGAAAGAAAGAGAGAGGGAGUGUGCGAGACAAAGCGAUGAGAUUCAUCUGUGCCGUGUGCCUGCUCCUACUGUGCCCAGCAUUGAGUCUCAACAGCAGACAUGGCUAUGAGGGCCUAGAAAGGAAGCUCAAGGAGGUUUUCAUGGAGCGAAGUGGCAUCCUGCGGCAACUUUCCAAAACUACAAAGGAGCUUGAAGGAAUCAAAGGGAAUUUAAAGUUACUCAAAAAUGAUGAAGCUGUCGCAAAGAAGGAUGUUCAAAGGAUUCUGGAGCUCAGCCAGAAACAGAGGGAAGAGAUGAAGUCCCUACAGGAAGCCCUGCAAAAACAGCUUAAUGAAGCUGCAGAGAAGGCGGAGAAGCAACAGGCCACCAUCAAUUUCUUGAAGACUGAAAUGGAAAGAAAAACCAAAAUAAUCAAAGAUUUGCAGCAGGAGAACAAAAGCCUGAAAAACAAGCUCUUAUCCGGCAGCAAGCUUUGUGGUAUCCAUGCAGAAGAGUCCAAGAAAAUACAAGCACAACUGAAAGAACUACGCUACGGAAAAAAGGAUUUGAUUUUUAAGGGGCAACAACUAACUGAUUUGGAACGCAAACUAACAGCUGCAAAAGAAGAGCUGGAAAAGGCUGCACUUGACAAGGAGUCACAGCUGAAAGCACUGAAGGAGACAGUACAUCUAUGUCUGUCAUCAGUACUGCAGAAUCAGCCUUCGACGGAGAAUCGGAUUCCUUCAAAGCAUUCGGAGAAGAUGAUGGUCACACUCACAAACAGCUCAAGGGUGACAUUCCAACAACCACAGGCAAAGGGUGCUUCUCAGUCUUUGAAGAACACUGCCACAAACAGAGAGAUCACAAACAAUGAAUCUGUGAAAAGUAGCAAUAUGAAAGGCAAGGACUGCAAUUCACAAAGUGAGGAUAACCUUUGUUCAGAGAAACAAAUGGCGACAGCAGCAUUGGAAGCAAACAAUCAGACUGAUGUCGAGAAACCACAAGGUCCACCAUGGCAGAAACCUGAAAUUUUAAACUCUCCAGAAGAUCCGAAAACACUACCAGAAAUCCUGGACACCAAAAAAGAAGUGGAAAAGAACUGACUCACAAUAGGAAGAAACCAUCUGUAGAUAUCGUCAGAAUUUUACAUUGGGAACACUCAGUCUGUUAUGCUGUCAUUUACAUUCACCACAUUCACAUUAAAAAUGUAGCUACACAUCAGCGCAUGACCCUACCUUUUUCUUCUCAAUCUGCACCCUUCUUCAACCCCUUUACAUUCUACAACCUAACCAUUUUAAAGAGGACUCACCCUUGUGAAAAUGAAAUAUUGUAUCUUUAUGUAUUUUAUUGGAAUAAAUCACUUUUACAAAGUCUAGAUGAUUUGGAAACCUUUUGCCAACGUGUUUUGUGUUUUUUUUGUUAUUGCAGUGUGGAUGAGGGCAGAAAAAGUGACUUUGCAUAUUUUUUACUUUAUAUUCUUUUUAAUUCAAUUGGGAGUAACAUUUUACAAAAUUGUUCUGAUAAACUAACAGGUUUACUCUAUCUUGGUGGAAUGUUAAGGAUGUGUCUUACUCCAACAUUAUAUUGUUUAAUGGUAGUAUAUGAUAAAUUAAUUCAUAGACUUGUUUGUAUAUAUUUUGAGCUUGUAUUGUAUCACCCCUUAUUCAUGAAAUGAAUAUGUCAAUGUUUUAUACAACUUUGUACCCCUUAUCCAAAUACUUGAAGAAAUGAACAUAUUAAAUCCCAUUGAAUGGAUCUUGAUGACAGUGAAUUGAAAAUAUGCUGCUCUGUAACUCCUUUUGAUGGUUUCAAAGAAAAGUGGCUCUUCAAACUUCUCAACUGUUUGACCUAUUUAGCAUGUUUAUAUUCUGUUACUUCCCUAAACCUUUUCUAUUUGGGAAGUUAAUUCUGAUGCAAUCUCUUUACACCAGACAUUAACAUCCAUUAUGUAGCCAAAUAACAGUCUGCCAGAUUACAUUUACAUCUGGCAUUAUAAUGUGUCUCCAGUGUCCAGGUUAUGUCCAAAUUCAAAAUCCAAUGUCACCUUUCCUACUAAUCAGCUUUUGCAUGUACGCUGGUUUUAAAAAUGGACCUGUCUGUUUCUGACUACAUGUGCAGGUGGCCUGGGUGAUGUGUUUACAAUCCAUGCCCAUGUGCAUUUACGUAUGGUGUUUACUUGCGUCAAGUGCUAUCCUGACAUGUUAAUGCCUUAUGUAAAGAUGGGCUACAGGUAUCAUAGAAUCAUGGGAAUAGAAGUUCAUUUGACUUUAAUUUUUGGCUAAUUAGUUAUUUUCCUAUAGGUGUUUUCUUCCUUCAUCUAGCAGUUAAGAAUAUGUUCUAUUUCCAGACUAAAUAACUCUUGUUUUAAACACAUCAAUACAAGUAUUUUGGGAAAUGUGUGUGUCCUGCAGUGGGCUGGCACCCUGCCCGGGGUUUAUUCCUGCCUUGAGGCCUGCGUUAACAAUGACUGACAAUAGUCUAUUAACAGUAUAAUAAUGCUGAUAGUAGACUUUUCUAAUGUUAAAAGACUGAAGAAUAUAAGACCCCUUGGUUUUCAGGUGAACUCUAACUGUCAUCACCUACCUACGUAAAUACAAAAAUAAUAAAAAAAAUAAAAUAAAAAUAAGAAAACAAGGUGAACAUAAACAUAACUGUUUUAUAACAGUUUAAUGUACUAUAAUAGUACUAUAAUAAUUUUGUCUACACUUUCCAUUUGCAUCACAGUUUACAGUAUGACUAAAACAUGGAAUUAUUUUUUAGCUUUAUGUGUCCUAAAUAUUCCUGUAACAGAUAUUUCUCAGUAGUUGUCACUUUCCAAAUAUAAUUGUUCUGGAGCACUCUUGACACAUACUGUAAUUAUCCAGUAUUUGUAUUUGGGUCCAGGUUAUUAAAUACUAAUUCUGA